AUGGACGGACUGGACAUGGGAAUGACGAUGCCUACCGCGGUAGCCUCGUCGAUAACUCCGAGUGGGAUGGUACAGGCCACUAGCACUGCUGCAGAGACUGUUGCGACGGCGCUGGGAACGAUGUCAAUGGGAGGUGGAAAUGGUUGCAAGCUUUCCAUGCUGCUUAACUGGCACACCAUAGAUGCUUGUUUCCUAUCCUCCAUAUUCCACAUCCGCUCUAGCUUCACGUUCUUCCUCGCAUGUCUCGGUGCUUUCACCCUCGUCGUCUCUUUGGAGUUCGUACGCCGAAUUCAGAGACAGUUUGAUCAGUACCUGCAGAAGCGGAAUAAUUUUUUUCGAACAAAGCAAUAUGUUCUGCCUGCAGAAAUGGAAGAGAAGCUUUUGGACCCGGGUGACGACCACGGCUUCAAAGACGAGCCAAAGCAGAAGGCAAUGGUGGUUAUACUGGACCAACUAUUGAGGGGGUUGAUUCACGUCGUACAGUUCUCUAUUAGCUAUUGUAUAAUGCUGCUGUUCAUGUACAGCAAUGGAUUCAUCAUCAUAUCGAUAUUGGUGGGUGCAUUGGUAGGAUUUGCCCUUUUCACUCGCGAUACCUUGUAUCCGAGUCGGGAUUUUGUUCAACUUGACGGAGCGGAUAAGAGUUGUUGCUGA